AUGACUUCGAAGACUGAGUGGUGGGAAGAAUCAGCGGUGUUCCAUCUUCCGGGUGUCGAGAGUCGGGAUAUUCCUGAACUUGUUAAACCAUGUGCGGUCCUCAUUCACGGUAUAGACGGCAAGACCAAUCCUCAGCUGUUGGACACCGACGAGCUUCUCCAGGUCGUGGACCAGGAUUUGAAGCUCACCUUCAGCUAUGACCGAACGAGAGUUGUUGAUGAAACGGCAUCCGAGGAGACUAUACUCCAGGUAGCCGCCGAUCUGCUCGAGUUCCUGCGUGAAAAUGCCGGAUGCGUGAAAGGAGGAGAUGUCGACCCUCUAUCUUUCAUGUUCUUUGCAUACGAUCUUGGAGGCUCGAUCAUUAAACAGGUGGAUCUUCGAUCAAACCAGUCUCGUCGUAGGUAUCCCAACUGA